AGUGUUCUACAUUAUUUCUAUUCUGUGAAGGAAACCAAAGGAUCAAGUUACGGAUGAAUAACUGUCGGAUUCACAGGAUUUUACUCUGUGUUUAUUCUGCCCUUUAACACGGAUAAGAUGAUAAAGUUCAGCCACUUGUAACACAGCCAAUCUUGAAGUGCUUUAGAGAAGAUCUUAGUGCUUACCAACAUUGCUGCUAGCAGAGUCCACAGAUCAAUUGAUGAACUACCACUGCUUCAGGGAACAGCUGCCAGUCUUGGAAGAACUGGAGCAGACUAUCUUUUCCAGAUAUGGAACAACUUCAGAGCAGAAAAAUCUCCAUACUGCAGAAUGGGUGGAGUUUGAUCGUAAACCUGACUCUUUAUUCUUCAAUGAUGGCCAGCGAAGAAUUGACUUUGUGUUGGUAUAUGAAGAUGAGAGAAAAAAAGACAAUCGCACAAAAAAAUUGAAUAAAAAGCACAAGCAGAGGAAAAGAGAAAACUACGAGUCAAAUCUGAUAAGCAAUGGCUUGGAACUUGAAGCAACAAGAUCGGUCUUGGAUGAACAUCUUAUUUUUGUAAAAGUGCAUGCACCUUGGGAAGUGCUAUGCACAUAUGCUGAGGUUAUGCACAUCAAAUUACCUCUGCAGCCCAAUGACCUGAAAGCCCAAGAUUCAGCUUUCAGCUGGUUCAGUAGACUCUUCAGAGUGGAUGAAAAUAUCAUCAAACCAGAGCAAGAGUUUUUCACUGCCCCAUUUGAAAAGGACCAUUUGUCUAACUUUUACAUUCAGGACAAAGACAUGUUCUUCAACCCUGCAACCAGAAGCCGAAUUGUUUACUGUAUUCUGUCCCGUGUGGAAUAUGAAGUUAGAGGCAAUCUGAAAAAGUUUGGUAUUAACAGACUGUUGGACUCUGGGAUCUACAAGGCAGCAUUUCCUCUUCAUGAUUCUUGUUUCAGGCACAAGUCAGAGGAUCCCAAUUGUCCCAGUGAACGAUAUCUUCUGUAUAAGGAAUGGGCUCACCCUCAAAAAAUUUUCAAACUGCAGCCAUUAGACUUUGUCAGGAAAUAUUAUGGAGAGAAAAUUGGAAUCUAUUUUGCUUGGCUUGGUUUUUACACUCAGAUGCUGUUACUGGCAGCAGUAGUUGGACUUGGCUGUUUUUUAUAUGGAUGCAUAACAAAGGACAACUGCACAUGGAGCCAGGAAGUGUGUGAUCCCAACAUAGGAGGCAAUAUCAUAAUGUGCCCUCAGUGUGAUCGAGAAUGUACAUACUGGAAUCUCACCAUCACCUGUGAAUCCUCUAAAAAACUCUGCAUGUUUGAUAGCUUUGGAACACUAGUGUUUGCAGUAUUUAUGGGAAUAUGGGUUACUUUGUUUCUGGAGUUUUGGAAACGUCGGCAGGCUGAACUGGAAUAUGAAUGGGACACUGUUGAGUUCCUAGAGCAGGAAGAACAAAUACGGCCAGAAUAUGAAGCACAAUGCACUCACAGAGUAAUGAAUGAAAUUACACAGGAAGAAGAACGUGUUCCAUACACAGCCUGCGGAAAGUGUGUCAGGAUGACCUGCUGUACAAGUGCAGUCUUUUUCUGGAUUCUUUUGAUUAUUGCUUCUGUUAUUGGAAUCAUCAUCUACAGACUAUCAGUUUUUCUUGUGUUUUCUUCAACACUUCCACGGCACAUUAAUGGAACAGAGGCAAUCCAGAAGUACCUGACUCCACAGACAGCCACUUCAGUCACUGCUUCAAUCAUCAGCUUUAUAAUCAUUAUGAUUCUGAACAUCAUCUACGAAAAAGUGGCAAUCAAGAUUACUGACUUUGAACUCCCAAGGACACAGACUGAUUAUGAAAACAGCUUGACCACGAAGAUGUUCUUAUUCCAGUUUGUCAACUAUUAUUCUUCAUGUUUCUACAUUGCAUUCUUUAAGGGCAAAUUUGUAGGUUACCCUGGGGACCCAGUUUAUUGGCUAGGAAAAUACAGGAAUGAGGAGUGUGAUCCAGGUGGAUGUCUCCUAGAACUUACCACUCAGCUUGCAGUAAUAGUAGGGGGUAAAUCAAUCUGGAAUAACGUACAAGAAGUGCUUCUCCCUUGGAUUAAGAAUCUAAUUGGAAGAUGUUGUACAGCUGCUAGAUCAGAAAAGGUUAUUCCACGUUGGGAGCAGGACUACCAUCUUCAACCCAUUGGAAAACUUGGAUUGUUUUAUGAGUAUCUUGAAAUGGUUAUACAGUUUGGAUUCGUCACUCUGUUUGUGGCAUCAUUCCCUUUGGCUCCUCUUCUGGCUCUUAUUAACAAUUUGUUGGAAAUACGAAUAGAUGCCUGGAAGAUUACAACCCAGUUCAGACGCAUGGUGCCACAGAAAGCACAAGAUAUUGGUGCAUGGCAGCCAAUCAUGCAAGGAAUGGCGAUUGUGGCCGUAGUAACCAAUGCAAUGAUAAUUGCUUUUACAUCUGACAUGAUACCUCGUUUGGUUUAUUACUGGUCCUUUUCAGUCCCUCCCUAUGGGAAUCACAGCGACUAUACCAUGAAAGGCUACAUAAACAAUACGCUUUCUGUCUUUGCUGUAUCAGACUUCAGAAAGGAAAGCAAGCCAGUUCCACUCUCUUGGUUUGAUAACCAAACAACAUGCAGAUACCGUGAUUUCCGCUAUCCUCCUGGGCAUGAACAUCAGUAUGAACACAACACAUACUACUGGCAUGUGAUCGCAGCCAAACUCGCUUUCAUCAUUGUCAUGGAGCAUAUCAUAUAUUUUGUGAAGUUUAUUAUUUCAUACACAAUUCCAGAUGUAUCAAAAAAGACCAAGAGCAAGAUCAAACGAGAGAAAUACCUAACACAGAAACUCUUGCAUGAGAAUCAUCUCAGGGUUAUGAAGAAAAAUGUGGAAAAUAUAGCUGACAAACUCUUGAAUGUAACCGACACCACUUUCCGACCAAAAUCUGAAUAAGAAUUUUGCACGCUGAUAUUGCUUACCUAGCGUGGCUCUGUCAGAUGUUACUAAUGACUAAUCAAAAGUUUUAGAUUAGCUACUUUUAGCAAAUACAGUUUCCUUUUAAAUAGUAUCUUUUUAAAGGUACAGCAUUUGUUGGUUUCAGCAAGACAUUAAGAGACUAAGAUAAUGCCUUGCUAACAUUAUCACCAGAAAAAGUGACGUUUUUUUCCCCUAGUUGUUUUAGACAAAAUUUUUAUCAUGACUUUUUGCACACUGUUAAGAAGAGGUCAGUUUAUUUUGGAAUGUAGCAGAAUACCUUCCACUUCAUUCAGGCAUUGUUUUUUUUAUCUGUUUCAUUUGAACAAAACACAAAUAAUUUGUAUUAAAGGAAAUAACACAGCAGCCGUUAACUGAGAGCUUUGAUCAAUGAAUAAUUCAAUCACUUGUGAUCUAAAUAAAUUAAGAAGAAAAGCUAAAAAAAAAAAAGGGAAAGAAAUGAA